CUACUGAUCUAACCUCAAAAACUUUUGGUGUUUCGGAACCACAGAGUUUUUCCUUUCGUCACAAAUGGUGAAAUAAACAAUUAAUCACAAUAUAACCGUGACAUCUAUUCAUAUUGACAAAGAAAAGAGUGAUAACCAGAAUGACUUCUUUGCUGAAGAAUGGUCUCCAAACACUGCAAUGUCAGUCCUGGCAGAGAUGUUUUCACAUAUCGGCAGUAGCAGCGAAGAAUAAUCGGUCAGGUCGUCAUAGGCCUUCCCUUAAGCAUAAUAAACCCUUAACUUAUGAAAUGGCAACUACACCCGAGUAUCUGGCGCACAGAAAAUCGUGGAAUGCGUGGAAUACUUCCAAUAUUAAGGAUGGAAACAGACCCUCUGAGACCGCGGUGGAAGACCUUUUUAUCCGCCGUUUCAUGACUGGCACAUGGCAUAACAUCUUCGUCUCAGAAAUAAUAAUAAAACGACAGCACAAUAUAAUAAGAAUUGCUGGUAUAAUCAAGCAAAAUAUGGCUCCUACGAAAUUUUAUUUUCUGAUUGGCUACACGCAGGAGCUACUGAGCUACUGGCUCCAGUGUCCUGUGAAGUUGGAGCUCCAGUCAGUAGUUGACAGAGAAGCUGUCAUUUAUAAGUACAUAUAAAUAUGAAUAACUCCUGUAUAUUAAAAUGAAAUAAACAUAGUUGAUAAUGACAA